UGGUUUACUCUUUCUCUCUCUCUCUCUCUCUCGGGGUCGCGAGGGUUUGCUUCUUCGUCGUCCCCCUUUUCUUUCUCGGUAAACCCUACUGCUACACCCCACGAUACUGUCGAACUCGGAUCGGGGUGGUGUCGGAGGACGACCCUAGGACGAGGAACGAUGCAGCAGCAGAGGCUCAAGCAGCAGCAGCAGCAGGCUCUGAUGCAGCAGGCCCUCCUCCUCCAGCAGCAGCAGCAGCAGCAGGCCCUCUACCCCCACCCUGGGCUCCUGGCCGCUCCUCAGAUAGAACCAAUCCUAAGUGGGAAUCUGCCUCCUGGAUUUGAUCCAAGCACAUGUCGCAGUGUGUACGUAGGUAAUGUUCAUCUUCAGGUUACCGAAGCCCUUCUUCAAGAGGUUUUCCAAAGUACUGGCCUUGUUGAAGGAUGCAAGCUCAUCAGGAAGGAGAAAUCAUCAUUUGGUUUUGUUGAUUAUUAUGACCGCCAGUCAGCUGCACUUGCAAUUGUAACACUUAAUGGGAGGCAGCUGUUUGGCCAACCUCUUAAGGUUAAUUGGGCGUAUGCCAGUGGGCAAAGAGAGGACACAUCAGGCCACUACAACAUCUUUGUUGGUGAUCUUAGCCCUGAGAUCACAGAUGCAACCUUGUUUGCGUGCUUCUCUGUGUAUUCAAGCUGCUCAGAUGCAAGAGUCAUGUGGGACCAAAAAACUGGGCGUUCGAGGGGGUUUGGUUUUGUUUCUUUCCGGAAUCAACAGGAUGCUCAAAGUGCCAUCAAUGACUUAACUGGCAAGUGGCUUGGCAGUCGGCAAAUCCGUUGUAACUGGGCUACCAAGGGAGCUAAUGCUAACGAAGACAAACAAAAUUCAGAUUCAAAGAGUGUGAUGGAUCUAACAAAUGGAUCUGCAGAAGAUGGCCAAGAGAAUACAAAUGAUGAUGGCCCAGAGAAUAAUCCACAAUAUACAACUGUAUACGUUGGUAACCUUGCUCAUGAGGUUACACAACUGGAUCUCCAUCGCCAAUUCCAUGGCCUUGGUGCUGGAGUCAUUGAGGAAGUUCGUAUACAGCGUGAGAAAGGAUUUGGUUUUGUAAGAUACAGUAACCAUUCUGAAGCUGCUCUGGCUAUCCAAAUCGGGAAUGGUCAAAUUCUAUGUGGGAAACCAAUCAAGUGUUCUUGGGGCAGCAAACCAACACCACCGGGUACAUCGUCUGCACCGCUGCCCCCACCUGCAGCUGCUCCAUUCCCCGGACUCUCUGCAGCUGACCUCUUUGGCUACGACCCUGCAUUGGCACUGAGCAAGAUGAGCUCCAGCCAGUCACUGAUGCAUGCCCAGGGCCAGCAUGCUCUGAAGCAAGCUGCGAUGGCAAUGGGUGCAGGCGGCAGCCAAGCUAUCUACGAUGGUGGUUUCCAAAACGCGAGCGCAGCCCAGCAGCUCAUGUAUUACUAGUGAUUGGUUGUCUCCGCAGACCAAACAAUUCGCUGACCAUCUUAUAGCUUUUCCCUUUAUGGUUCCUUAUAUUUCUCUCUUAUACCUCAUCUUCUGCUAUGUUUCGUUUGUCUGGCCGUUGUGCUGCCCCUCCUCUCGUUUGUGAUCGAAUUAUCGAACGAUCGUGUAGGCACAUGGAAUGUUUUGUAGGGUUUGAUAAGACUACCUGGGGAGCUUUUAUUCUACAUUUUCUUUCCCUUUUUUGCUUCUUGUUUGUAAGAUCUUGAGGGCAUCCUCAUUGUCUUGUUUUUAUGGUUUGAUUCUUAUAUGUAAAUCCCUGAUGGGGGUACUCUUGUCUUUGUCAA